ACUAAUUAGCAUAUCGAAAAUUGAUUAGAAGACAAAGAAAAUGUUGAUGCUUCUGAUUCGUGAUGAAUUUGACCCCGAACCUUUAGAGGAUAGGCUUAUUUGAUCUUCUCUGGUUUUGGUGACGAAUGAAGGCUUGGCCCCGUGUCUCUAUCUCACUGACUAAGUACUCUGAAUCGUAUCGCAUUCGCAAGGCUUUCUUGAACAUGGCAUCGUCUUCACCCUUGGGCUUUGAAUUCCUGACGAAGAGGCCCUACACUCCUCCUUCAUGGGCUUCCCAUCUCCACCCUUUACCUUCUCAAGUCUUCUCUCUGGCCCAUGUUCCCACUCCAAUUCACAAAUGGAACAUUCCCAAUUUGCCCUCCAACACCGAGUUAUGGAUAAAGCGCGACGACGUAACGGGAAUGCAAUUGGGGGGAAACAAAGUGAGAAAGUUGGAGUUCUUAUUGGGCGAUGCCGUUGCUGAAGGUGCUGAUUGUGUCAUUACAAUCGGAGGCAUUCAAAGCAACCAUUGUCGUGCCACUGCGGUUGCUGCUAGGUAUUUGAACCUUGAUUCUUUUCUUAUUCUUCGCACUUCCAAGCACCUUAUUGAUGAAGAUCCUGGUCUCGUUGGCAAUCUCCUCGUUGAGCGUUUGGUUGGAGCUCGCGUUCAACUUGUAUCUAAAGAAGAGUACUCCAAAAUUGGCAGUGUGACACUCACCAAUGUCCUAAAAGAAAAGUUGAUAAAGGAAGGGAGGAGGCCGUAUGUUAUUCCCGUUGGUGGAUCAAAUUCUUUGGGAACAUGGGGUUAUAUAGAAGCAGCUCGGGAAAUUGAGCAGCAGAUUCAGAGGGGGGCAGGCAAUGUCAAGUUUGAUGAUAUUGUUGUGGCUUGUGGCAGUGGGGGCACAAUUGCCGGUCUGUCACUAGGAUCAUCAUUGAGUACAUUGAAAGCAAAGGUACAUGCAUUCUCUGUUUGUGAUGACCCAGAUUACUUCCACAACUUUGUUCAAGGCUUGCUUGAUGGACUCAAAGCUGGCGUUAACUCAAGAGACAUUGUCCACAUACAAAAUGCCAAAGGUCUUGGCUAUGCUAUGAGCACUUCUGAGGAGCUUACUUUUGUAAAAGAAGUAGCUGAGGCUACUGGCGUUGUUCUUGACCCAGUAUACAGCGGUAAGGCUGCUUAUGCAAUGCUGAAAGAUAUGUCUGAAAAUCCAAAGAAGUGGGAAGGGAGAAAGAUCCUGUUCAUACAUACGGGUGGCCUCCUAGGAAUGUACGACAAGGUCGAUCAGCUGGCUCCUCUUGUUGGGAAUUGGCAGCAUUUGGAUAUUAAUGAAUCUGUUCCUAGGCAAGAUGGUAUUGGAAAGAUGUUCUAAAGAAGGAAAAUGAAAAACCCUGGCAUCCCUGCAUCUAUGUUUUGUGGCAGCUUGCUUAAAAUAAGUUAUACUUUAGGUAGUUGCUUCGAUGCCUCUAAAUUUGAACGCGUAUUGAUACCCAUAUUAGGUGCCAUCAUGAUAAUUAAACAUGGUUUAAAACUUGCAGCUCAUUGGAAUAUUUAUCUUUUAUUUUGAAUAUGUAAAUAAUAGUUUGUAUAUUUGUUAAAAAGUUCGCAAGGACUACUCAUUAAAUUACAGAACAUAA